CUCAGUAAAUAAAUGGCUAUAACCUGGUUGUGUAGGUCCCCUCUCUCAUAUGGCUAUGGCUAUGCCUAUGGACUGUGUACAAGCUUAGAGAGAAGAAGAAAAACAACAAGGUGAGGUUAAGAGGGAUAAACAAAACUCUCAACAACACACAACAGACGAAAUUUCUCUCAUCAUGGACACCAUCCCUACUUCCAUCAACAGUGGUUUGGGAUGGAAUUCUUCCUCCUUGUUUCAACAUUCAAAUUGCUUCAACCUACUUUCUCUUCCUCUCAAACCAAAACCCUCUCUCGCCAAGUUUUCUCUUACUUGCUCUGCCGCUUCUUCUUCUUCUUCUUCCGAUCCUCUCUUGGUUAAAGCUGCCAGAGGAGACCCAGUUAGUCGUCCUCCAGCAUGGAUGAUGCGCCAGGCAGGAAGGUACAUGGCUGCUUACAAAAAGUUAGCUGAGAAACAUCCCUCCUUCCGAGAGAGGUCAGAGACAACUGAUCUCAUUGUAGAAAUUUCUUUGCAGCCUUGGAAAGCUUUCAGGCCCGAUGGAGUAAUUAUUUUCUCCGACAUCCUUACACCUCUACCUGCAUUUGGGAUUGAUUUUGACAUAGAAGAUGUGAGGGGACCUGUAAUACAAUCGCCUAUCCGCUCUGAGGAGGGAUUAAACGUUUUGCACGCGAUUGACUUUGACAAGCUUACAUUUGUAGGAGAUUCACUUAAAGCCCUGCGGAAAGAGGUUGGUGGUGAUGCUGCUGUUUUAGGUUUUGUGGGGGCACCUUGGACAUUGGCAACGUAUAUAGUUGAAGGCGGUACAACACGCACGUAUACAAACAUUAAAAGUAUGUGCCAUACGGCACCGCACAUAUUGAGGACUCUGCUUUCUCAUUUGACAAAGGCAAUAGCAGAUUACAUUGUUUUCCAAGUCGAAUCUGGGGCUCACUGCAUACAAAUCUUUGAUUCAUGGGGCGGACAGCUACCUCCUCAUAUGUGGGAGCUUUGGUCAAAGCCUUAUAUCAAAGAGAUUGUAAAUUUGGUGAAGAAAAAGUGCCCAGAGACACCACUUGUUCUUUAUAUAAAUGGAAAUGGUGGCUUUCUCGAGCGUAUGAUUGAUACUGGAGUUGAUGUUAUUGGACUAGACUGGACAGUAGAUAUGGCUGAUGGAAGAAGAAGAUUAGGUAGCGGGAUAGGCGUGCAAGGAAAUGUGGACCCUGCUUGCUUAUUCUCUCCUCUUACUGCCCUGACAGAAGAAAUUCAGAGGGUUGUGAGGUCUGCGGGACCUAGACGACACAUUCUUAAUCUUGGGCACGGUGUUCUUGUUGGCACACCUGAAGAAGCUGUUGCUCAUUUCUUUGAUGUAGCUAGAAGCUUGAAGUUUGACACAGUCUCUCAAAAUAACACUGCAAAUGUAGUUUAAAGGAAAAUGUCAAUAGUGUAGCCGCUUCUUGUACUUUUCCUGGUAGAUCAAGCCAUUUCUGGAAUAGUACAGGUUCAGUCCUUCCUAAUCCAACUAUGCGAUGAUGAUCAUUUGAUCAUUGUCUGAGAAUUUACACAUUACCGUGUCGGCUAAUUUAUGAAAAUAGUCUCUGCAUUUUUCCUGUA